CCCGAGGAGGAGGGCGGAGAGUCAGCGGAGAGAAUGAAAUGAAACAAUCGGUCUGAUCGCCGGGACAAUGAUCAGAAGCGACUGAGCGGCGGACGCGAUGCCUCAACUCACGAACUGCGGCUCAAUCGUGCGACUCGGGGGUCGGAGCCGGACUUGUCUCUGUCACUUUGUCUCAUUGUCUCAGCGCUGAUGCCGAACCCCCGGCACUUUCCUGCCCACGGGAGCCCCAACUGUCACUUCCAUCAUCAUCAUCAUCACCAUGCCCGUCAUGAAAGGGUUACUCGCCCCGCAGAAUACUUUCCUGGACACAAUCGCCACCAGAUUCGAUGGGACACACAGCAACUUUCUGCUGGCCAAUGCCCAGGUGCACCACGGCUUUCCCAUUGUCUACUGCUCCGAUGGCUUUUGUGAUCUCACAGGCUUUGGCCGGACGGAGGUCAUGCAGAAGAAUUGCACCUGUCGCUUUCUGUACGGAGUGGAGACCAGCGACAACGUCAUCCAAGACAUCGAAAGGGCCCUGGAAGAGAAGCAGGAAUACCAGGCGGAAGUCUGUCUCUACAAGAAGGAUGCAAAUCUUUUCUGGUGCCAGCUGGAUAUUGUGCCCAUCAAGAAUGAGAAGGGAGAGAUGGUCCUGUUCUUGUUCUCAUUUAAGGACACUACGGAGAUCAGAAUGCGGAUGCAAUACAGCGACAAGAAGGAAGAGAAACACAAGAAUCGGCGCCCUGGUUCUUCUCACUUCAGGGCAUCAAGGAGACAAAGCAGGACCAUGUUGUGCCAGAUGUCAGGCCAAGUUACUGGCAGGAACAAGAGUGACCUUAAACUCAAUAGUAACCUGUUAGACAACAAGACUUCCCUGCCCGAAUACAAAGUAGCCUCUGCUGAGAAGCCUCGCUUCAUCCUUCUCCAUUACAGCAUCUUCAAAGCCCUCUGGGACUGGCUCAUCCUAUUGGCCACUUUCUAUGUGGCCGUCACUGUCCCUUAUAACGUUUGCUUCACGGGGCACGACGACAGCGUUUCUGCGGCUCGUAGCACCAUCGUCAGCGACAUUGCAGUGGAAAUGCUCUUUAUCUUAGAUAUCAUCUUGAAUUUUCGGACCACCUAUGUGAGUCAUUCUGGGCAGGUGGUGUAUGAAACUCGCUCUAUCUGCAUCCACUAUCUGGCCACUUGGUUCUUUGUAGACCUCCUUGCAGCUUUGCCUUUUGACCUUCUCUAUGCAUUCAACGUCACGGUGACGUCUCUGGUCCAUCUACUAAAGACCAUCAGGUUGUUGAGGCUGCUGAGGCUGCUGCAGAAGUUGGACCGCUAUUCUCAAUACAGUGCCAUGGUGCUAACUCUUCUAAUGUCCAUGUUUGCCCUCCUCGCUCACUGGAUGGCGUGCGUCUGGUAUGUCAUUGGCCGCAAGGAGAUGGAAAGUAAUGACCCCGUCACCUGGGACAUUGGUUGGCUGCAUGAGCUUGGGAAGAGACUUGAAGCCCCCUAUAUAAACAACUCCCUGGGCGGACCAUCCAUACGAAGUACUUAUAUUGCGUCCCUCUACUUUACCCUCAGCAGCUUGACCAGUGUUGGUUUUGGGAAUGUGUGCGCCAAUACCGAUGCUGAAAAGAUAUUCUCCAUAUGCACCAUGCUUAUUGGAGCUCUCAUGCACGCCGUGGUAUUUGGUAACGUGACGGCCAUUAUCCAGCGCAUGUACUCACGCCGUUCCCUCUAUCACACCCGCAUGAAGGACCUCAAGGACUUUAUCCGUGUUCACCGGCUGCCACAGCAGCUUAAGCAGCGCAUGUUGGAAUACUUUCAGACAACCUGGUCUGUCAACAAUGGUAUUGAUGCUAACGAGCUUCUGAAAGACUUCCCGGACGAGUUGCGUGCUGAUAUCGCUAUGCACCUGAACAAGGACAUAUUGCAGCUUCCCGUGUUUGAGACUGCAAGUCGUGGUUGCCUGCGGGCCCUCUCGCUGCUCAUAAAGACCUCCUUUUGCGCGCCAGGGGAAUACCUUCUCAGGCAGGGAGAUGCUCUCCAAGCCAAUUACUUUGUCUGCUCAGGGUCUCUAGAAGUCUUGAAGGACGACAUGGUGUUGGCCAUUCUUGGUAAAGGAGAUCUGAUUGGUGCCGAUCUGUCCAACAAGGACCAGGUCAUUAAAACAAAUGCUGACGUGAAAGCUCUGACAUAUUGUGACCUGCAGUACCUCAGUCUUCGAGGACUUCUGGAAGUUUUGGAACUUUAUCCUGAAUAUUGCAACAAAUUCAUGGCAGAUAUCCACCAUGACCUGACCUUUAAUCUGCGAGAGGGCAGUGAGACAAAUGGUUGUUACAGAGUCUCUCGCUCCCCACGUCUAUCUCAGCCUCGUCCUGAAUCUGGUGCCACUCCGGACAAGAAACUGUCGUCGAUCUUGGAAGAUAGUGAUGAGACCGAUGAUUUCUUCCGUCAUUCACCUGCCACCAUGAACCGCAGAAAACUGCUUCUCCCCAGCCUUAACAGCCCUAUUCGGAGGGGCUCCCUCAGCAGUCUCCUUGGCGAUGACUUGCGACAGUUUCACGCCUACAGGCGCAACUGCCGCUCACCAGCCCGAAGCAGCCAGGGCAGAAGCCCCUCUCCCCAGUGCCGCAAAGCAGAGAGAGUGACUGACACAGAGGCCUCACGGAAGCCGGCCAACCUUCUCAUCCCUGCCGUAAACACAUACGCUCCCCCAAAUUUAAGCCCUCGGGUGGUGGAUGGAAUAGAGGACAGCGGAGGGGGAUCUGAGAGCCAGACUUUUCAAUUCAACGUAGACAACCCUCGAGCGAGAUCUCCCACCAGACAGUCUCUGGGCGCAGGGAUAAAUGUGAUGAAUCCACUCUUGGCCACCGAAGCAGAAGAAAUCAAGCAAAACAUCUGCAAACUGAACCUAGAGAUAAACAAUCUGAACCAAGAAGUGUCCCAGCUGAGCAAGGAGCUUCAGCACAUGAUGCAUUUACUCCAAACCCUUCUGGCUGCCCAGCAGUACAAUUGCGCCAUCGGAUGUCCAUACACAGUUCAAGUGUUGUCCACUCCACCAUCGGCUCAUCUGGGUUUCAAUGAUCAGCAGGCAAGAUCUGGCUACAACGCAGCCCACCCUGUGCAUCUCGUACAGGAAUCCCCAAUGCAGAGAACAGUGGGACAUGCACCGUUUCCUUCUGACAUUGGAUACACCCAAAUCCAUUUUGUCUCUCCAGACGCUUGCCCAAGGCCAUUAGACCCAGAGAAUUUCUACUCUUCAAGGGACUGGGGCUACAUUCCUACUAACACACUUUGUACAACUGGGACACCUUUGUCUCAUGAAGAAAUGGAAAGGGCCAGGUUACUACAAUACACAGAAGAAGUGACACCCAUUCAACAGACUUCUUGUUACGGUUCUCCAGCCUCAGGACCUCCCGUCAUUGGUCACUUACCUAUGACCUCUAUGAGUUCUGUACAUUCCUUCACUGACGGCCCAAAUGAAAACAGCUCCCCCCAGACAACUUCCAGCAGUGACCCUAGAACUCCGACCUGACUUGGCACAACUAAUAGCAGAAGCAUCUGUGAUUGGGAGUUGAGGGUGCUAUGCUGAUAGUAUAGGAGUAGAACCUCAGUGGAAUGUAGUCUUUACUGAAGCACAAGAAACCAAACCAAUAUUUCUGUAGAAGGUUUCAUUUCUAGCUGCAUGUUAGACUAGAUAUCUUAGAAUACCAGGACUUUUCUGAAUCCAACACACAAGGCUCAGCAGAUAAGAAGUUCUGCUAAUUAGUCCCGAAAGCGUAAAGUCAUUGUCUCAGCACAGUCGUCUCAUGAUCAAAGAGCAAACCCACGUUUUCAAAAAAUAUCUUUCAAUGUGUUUUAUACGGAGAGGCAGAGCUUCAUAGCUACCACAAUGUUGUUCUCUAAUAAGGUCUAUUUAUCAACCCUUGUCAGGAAAGACCGUUAUGUCCACCCUACAAACUAGAAACUGCUCUGCUCGUAGAAUCUAUACAGGCCCAAUGGGUUCUACAAAAGCCAGGCAGAUACUGGAACAUACUGAAAGGAUUUGAUUUUUGGGGGCAGAUUUAGCAAAAACAACCAACUUGUUAGAUGUAUUUACCAUUUAUGCACAAAUACUAAUUUGUAUGUACCAUGGGUCAAAAGGGAAGGGGGCAGAAGCCUUUUUUAAGUAUAUACUGUACGGAUGGAGGUUCACUUCAUAUGAGGAACCUAGACAAGGCUUGACAAUCAAUUGAGUCAUUAUGUUACAUCACCCCCAGUACUGAGGACUAAGAGGAGGGAAAACUGUACAAGUAAAGAUCCUGUAAAAUGUGUUUUCCCAUCUUGUAUAGAGAAGUCGCCGGUGCAGAUGUGCGUGUGAAAACAGCUAUGCAAACAGAGCCACUAGGGUUGCUCCAAAUCCAGGAUUCGGUUUUGACCCUUUUCAGUAGGAUUAUGUCUUUAUUCUCAUCCAUGUGCCCUGAAAGUUGACAGGAGAAUGCAAAAACCGGAGGGGGGGGGAUUCUUUUUUAUUUAAUUAACUGGUCCACUGGCCACCUCUGAAUGAAACAUCAAGAGCUCACAGUCAGCUUGGGAAGAAUGAACGAGACCUCAUAAAGAAAUGAUGUUCAUUAGAGAAGAAUUACUAAUUUAGCUUAAACUUGAAUCUCAUUCAUUUAUUAUGAGCGGAGUGCCAUUGGCCGUACUGGCUCUGCCUCGUCUCCAGCAUUCAAGCCAAUAAUAAACAUACAAACGUCACAACUUGAUGCCAUUUAACUGCAAUAUUAAAAAUCGGACAACUUGGAGUAUUUCCCCCAUGUUAAGUGAGUGCAGGCGUCUCAGUCUGCAAACAGGGCACUAUAUUUGGCAGCUACAACUUUAUUUUUUCGAAUGGAGAAGGAAAUGUAUAUUUGUUCUCCCAUUGCCUUGAUUCUGUAUAGGUGUUCCUGCCUCAUCUUGCAAUUUAAAGGGGUAGUUCACCUUAAAAUGACGGUCCCUUCUCAAUAAUAUCAUUGCAAUGGGUACAAUAGACUUCCCCCACCAUAGCUAUAGACUGACGCUGGCCAUUCUCCAGGUGGGACAAUCACAGUACUAGUAUUAAAAGUACCAUGGCAAGGUAGGCUUUACCUGGAGCCAGCGCCCCACUAUCAGCAGACUAACUUGCUACACACGUGGGACCCAAAUAUUAUGUCUUCUAACAGUGGGGCAUCAUGGCUGUCAGUGGCUCCAGAUAAAGCCUAAUGAAAUCCCAGCUGUCAUACCCAACUGUCCUGCCCUCUCUACUGGCUCUCCAGCGUGGGAAGCCUGUUGGGACAAUAGGUGCCCUUUAAUUUAGGAGCCAUAUUAAGAGAAUAAGAAGCCCAUUUAAUCAUCAUCAAAAAUUGACACAAGUCUGAACUCACAAAGAAAGAUGUGCUUGGCCUACACUAAAUCAAAAAGCUGAUCUAAAUUACCUUCUGCAUCUCAUGCAGAGGUGAAUUUAAGUAGCCAUGAUUGAUUUAAUAUUCGUUCCUUGUCUACCUCCAAAUGGAAGUACAAUGAAUGAGAUUCUCUUACUUAAUUAUUUAGGUCAAGGACAGAGUCAUUUUAACGUCCAACAUUUUAGCACAUGAUCAAGGAAAAAUAUUCAUCAUUGGCCUCGUUAUUUCCAAAGCCAUGAGAACGUUCAACGAUUCCGAAUGAGUGGCUCAAGCCAGCAGUCUCUACAUGAAUACAACACACAGGCACGGAUGUGUAAUACGUUGUGGACACUUGUGAGGAGGGUGCAGCUUAUUGUUAUGCCUUACUGCAUGUUUUAGACAAAAGUCAAUGUAAUGUUAUGACCAUUUGAUGGACCGCAUGGGCCAUGCCUUUGUAACAAUGCGUUUUCCGGCCUUGCACAUAAUGUCUGUUGAAUUCCUAGUUUUCCAGUGAUCUUUGGAGAAUUACCGUUCAAUUUACUAAUAUUUUUCUACGAAUAGUGGUUUCCCAGACUGCUGAACUGACUAGCACACAUUUGUUUGGCUUCUUUCUUCCAGAACAUUUAAUAAGAAAGUUUUGGUGUACCCUAUACUUGAAGGGGUCUACUUUAUAUGGGUAGAAAUAUAAAUGACACUGCACCUAUGAUAUCUAAUUAUUAGAUAAAUUAUGAGAUACUGUAGGGUCUGACAGGGGUAAAGGCAGAAAUCCUGGUGAGCCACACCACGCUGGGCUUGUCCAUCUACAUAGCAUUUUGCUUGAUUUAUCCAUUCCCAUGACCUGCCCUAUCACAAACUUCUUGACCAUCAAUGAGAUAUUUGCCCUGCAAACCCUCUCUAGGUAGUUCUGAUGAUUACAACCAACUUAUCUUUAUAGACUUUGUGAAAUAACAAAGCAAGAGAGUAGGCUUCCCUAUAAAAGCCAUGCACAAAUCUGAAGAGGUCCAAGUGCAAGGAGGAAUUGGCAGUUUCACAUGCUCUCAUGUUUUAGCUUUGCCAUUGAAAUAGAUCGUGGCCCUAGAAGAAACCUACUGGUGCCCCUUGGAGAUAAGAUAAACCCUCUCCCAUUAGUGCCGCUGCUGCUACAUAGCAUUCCUUCUUUAGCUGCCAUGGUAACACCAUUGUUACAUUAUUUAAGCCCAGGAAAAACCACAAUUGGAAACCUCUUAGAACUAAUGUGCUCAUGAAGCACCCGCUGGAGUGGAAGUGGCCUCUCUUAAGUGGUGCUUUAUGUAUGGCCAACAUGUUUGCAUGGUGUUACCAAGGCUUUCAUCUUCUUCAUGUUACAGGGAUUCACCAAACCUUGAUUCUCCCAAAUACACAAAACAUUGGCCAAGUAACAAACCCCUAAUUUCUAUAUUUAAAUAGGGUCCAAAUCCCAAAAAAAUGCAUCACCCUCCAUUAUCCAGUUCUUUUAUCCCUCUCUGUGCUGUACUCUUGCCUUAACACAUGAAACCAGCAUGGUGGCACCUCAUUUCAUCUGGCACAUAAAAGGGUUCAAACCAUAGGAUUGGGUGGGAGCCAGUGCAUUUGUAGUCUUGUCCAACCCCAUUGGCUGCACCUCCUUUGCCCCAUUAGACCUAAAAUUGUCUGAAAAUAAAUGACUUGUUGGAAUGUAUUUGAGGAGCUGUGCCAAAAUCUCUCUGCGGCUAUUUGUGGGCUCUGCUUCCUUGUCAUCUCAUUGACUUGGACCAUAAAGUAGGUACAAUUCCAAAAUGAAACCACAUUCACUUUAUAUGAGCUUUUUCUUUUUCUGCUUCUUCUUCUUCUUGCAUGUGAUUGUAAAUCAAAAAGGCAACUAGUUUAGGAAUCUGCCGGUUAGGUUUUGGUAGAUCAAGGCUACAUUAAAUUAAAAAAUAUAUAUAUAUAUAUAUCAGAUAUUUAGACGAAUAAGUGAGAUUGCUACUCAGAAUAUAACUAUGUAACCCUGUUGAAUGCUGAAUGGGGCAAAGGAAGAGUUAAUAUUGGCUGGAUUUCAGCAAACGGCGAUUAAGAAUGUAACAUUUAUGACGUGCCUCUUAUUUAUUCGCAUGUGCUUUUAUAUCAAAUCUCAAAUAAAUUCUAUUUUUACACUAAAA